CGCGGGGCGGGCUGUGGCGCGCCGAGUGCUUCCGCGUUUGCGGGGUCGCGGGAGCCUCUAGGUGGGUUGACGGCGGGCUCGGCCCACACCCUUCGCUCCUGGGACCUAGUCCGGACGCCCGGCGCGGCCGCCACACACCGGAGGAAGCUGAAGGACUGAAUUUCACCAUGUCUGGAAUCAAGCGAACAAUCAAGGAAACUGACCCUGAUUAUGAGGACGUAUCUGUAACCCUUCCAAAUAAGCGGCAUAAAGCAAUUGAGAACUCAGCUCGAGAUGCAGCUGUGCAGAAGAUUGAGGCUAUUAUCAAGAAACAAUUUGCUCUCGAAAUGAAGAACAAGGAACAUGAAAUUGAAGUCAUUGACCAGCGAUUGAUUGAAGCAAGAAGGAUGAUGGAUAAGCUUCGUGCGUGCAUUGUAGCAAACUACUAUGCUUCUGCGGGUCUUCUAAAAGUUUCAGAGGGUUCAAAGACAUAUGAUACAAUGGUUUUUAACCAUCCUGCUAUCAAGAAAUUUUUGGAAUCACCAUCUAGAUCCUCAUCUCCUACCAAUCAAAGAUCAGAAACACCAUCGGCUAAUCAUUCUGAAAGUGAUUCUUUAUCCCAGCACAAUGACUUCCUAUCUGACAAAGACAAUAACAGCAAUGUGGAUAUGGAGGAAAAACUCUCAAACAAUAUGGAACAGAGAUCCAGCCGAAACACUGGAAGGGACACUUCCAGUGGGAUUGGCUCCCAUAAAACAGAACAGCGGAAUGCUGAUCUCCUGGGAGAUGAGACUUCACGACUCUUUGUAAAGAAAACAAUAGUAGUGGGUAAUGUAUCCAAGUAUAUACCUCCAGAUAAGAGGGAAGAAAAUGACCAAUCAACUCACAAAUGGAUGGUAUAUGUCCGUGGGUCUCGUAGAGAACCUAGCAUUAAUCAUUUCGUCAAGAAAGUUUGGUUCUUCCUUCAUCCUAGCUAUAAGCCAAAUGACCUUGUGGAAGUUCGAGAACCUCCUUUUCAUCUGACUAGAAGAGGUUGGGGUGAGUUUCCUGUGAGAGUUCAAGUUCACUUCAAGGACAGCCAGAAUAAGCGGAUAGAUAUCAUACAUAACCUGAAGCUGGAUAGAACUUACACUGGCUUGCAGACCCUUGGUGCGGAGACGGUUGUGGAUGUUGAACUCCAUCGGCAUUCGCUUGGAGAAGACUACCUUUGUCCUCAGUCUUCUGAGUCAGACAUCUCAGAUGCCCCUCCACCUUUGCCUUUGACCACUCCAGCCCCAGUGAAAGCUUCUUCACCAAUAAAGCAGUCCCUCGAGCCAGCAUCCGAUACCUGUGUGGAGAAAGGAUUCCCAACCAACACUGAAGCUGAGAGAAACACCACAUUAUAUUCCUUACCGUCUUCAUUGGAAAGAACCCCUACUAAAGCGACGACAGCCCAGAGAGUUACUUUUUGUUCACAUGGCAAUUCUGCUUUCCAGCCAAUAGCAUCAAGCUGCAAAAUUGUGCCACAAAGUCAGGUGCCUAACCCCGAGUCUCCUGGGAAAUCCUUCCAGCCCAUCACUAUGAGCUGCAAGAUUGUCUCAGGUUCCCCAAUAUCAACUCCAAGUCCAUCACCACUGCCUCGCACCCCAACUUCCACCCCAGUCCAUGUGAAGCAAGGCCCUACCAGCUCUGUGAUGAGCAGUCCUUACGUUAUUGUGGACAAGCCUGGGCAGAUUAGAGCCUCUACUCCAAGUACAGCAGGAAGUCCUACAAACAAAUUCCCUGUGGCCUCUCAAGUCUCCCAAGGAACAGGUUCUCCCAUUCCUAAAAUUCAUGGAAGUAGUUUUGUAACGUCUACUGUCAAGCAGGAGGAGUCUUUGUUUGCAUCUAUGCCACCUCUUUGCCCAAUUGGAAGUCACCCUAAGGUUCAGAGCCCUAAGGCUAUAACUGGAGGACUUGGAGCUUUCACAAAAGUGAUCAUCAAACAAGAACCCGGGGAAGCCCUUCACGUGCCCACAACAGCCACUACCAGCCAGUCACCACUCCCUCAGUAUGUGACCGUGAAAGGAGGUCACAUGAUAGCUGUGUCCCCGCAAAAACAAGUCAUAAGUGCUGGAGAAGGGACUGUCCAAUCACCAAAGAUUCAGCCCUCCAAGGUUGUUGGGGUGCCAGUUGGCUCGACCUUACCUCCUACAGUGAAGCAGGCUGUGGCCAUCAGCGGUGGCCAAAUCCUUGUCGCCAAAGCCAGCUCUUCUGUUGCCAAAGCAGUCGGCCCAAAGCAAGUUGUCACUCAAGGAGUUGCCAAAGCAAUUGUGAGUGGAGGUGGAGGAACCAUUGUUGCUCAGCCAGUGCAGACCUUAACCAAGGCUCAGGUUACUGCCUCUGGCCCCCAGAAGAGUGGAACCCAGGGCUCAGUAAUGGCAACAUUGCAGCUACCAGCCACUAAUCUGGCCAACUUGGCAAAUUUGCCUCCAGGCACUAAACUCUACCUUACAACGAACAGCAAGAACCCUUCAGGAAAAGGAAAGCUGCUGUUGAUCCCUCAGGGAGCCAUCCUUCGAGCCACCAGCAAUGCCAACCUCCAGUCUGGCUCAGCUGUUGCCGGUGGCAGCGGCAGUGGCAGCAGCGGUGGUGGUGCAGGCGGGGGAGGCAGUGGAGGUGGCGGUGGCAGCGCAGCAGGAGGAACCCAAAGUGCCACCAACCCUGGAGGGAUCUCCCAGCACCCGACUUACACAUCUUACAUCCUCAAGCAAACUCCCCAGGGGACAUUCUUAGUGGGCCAGCCAUCACCCCAAACGUCUGGAAAACAGCUAUCUACUGGGUCAGUAGUCCAAGGAACAUUAGGAGUCAGCACAUCUUCUGCACAGGGACAACAGACAUUAAAAGUCAUCUCUGGACAGAAAACCACUUUGUUUACACAGGCAGGCCCUGGGGGCCAGUCAUCACUAAUGAAGAUAUCUGAUGGCACCAUGAAGUCUAUGGCAGCCACCUCUCAGCUCUCAAAGCCUGGAACCACAACGCUUCGGGUAGCAGGAGGGGUUAUCACAGCCGCUGCCUCUCCCGCCGCCACUCUCUCAGCAAGUGGUGCCACACCACAGUCUGAAGGAGUCACACCCGUUUCAUCUUCUGUUGGCUCUGUGAUGAGAACUACUGGCCAGCCACAAGUGUGUGUGAGCCAGGCCACCGUGGGAACCUGCAAGGCUACAGCUCCCACUGUCGUCAGUGCAGCAUCCCUGGUGUCCACACCAAACCCUGUCUCGGGGAAAGCCACAGUAUCAGGAUUGUUAAAAAUUCACUCCAGUCAGUCCAGUCCCCAGCAGGCUGUCCUGACAAUUCCCAGCCAGCUCAAGCCACUGAGCGUAAACACCUCUGGCAGUGUGCCAACGAUCCUGAUGCCUGUGAAUAAAGUAGUUCAGUCAUUUUCUGCCAGCAAAUCAUCUACCAUUUUGCCCAUAGCUGCUCCAGCUCCAUCUGCCCCCAACUGGACUCCAGCAGCUGUUGCAAAAGUUAAGACUGAACCAGAAACCCCUGGGCCAAGCUGCCUGUCACAGCAGGGCCAGACUGUAGUGAAAACUGAAGAAAGUUCUGAGUUGGGAAACUAUGUUAUUAAGAUAGAUCAUUUGGAGACUAUUCAGCAGCUCUUAACAGCAGUAGUAAAGAAGAUUCCACUAAUCACUAUGAAAAGUGAAGAGGCCAGCUGCUUUUCUGCCAAGUCUGUGGAGCAGUAUUAUGGCUGGAACAUUGGGAAAAGGAGAGCCGCUGAGUGGCAAAGAGCAAUGACAAUUCGAAAAGUCUUACAAGAAAUCCUGGAGAAGAACCCAAGAUUCCAUCACCUGACUCCUCUGAAGACCAAGCACAUCGCUCACUGGUGCCGCUGCCAUGGCUACACACCACCAGACCCCGAGAGCCUGCAGCAUGACGGGGACUCGAUUGAGGAUGUGCUUACCCAGAUCGACAGUGAGCCAGAGUGCCCGUCAUCAUUUUCUUCGGCUGACAACCUCUGCCGGAAGCUGGAGGACCUACAGCAGUUUCAGAAGAGAGAGCCAGAGAAUGAGGAGGAGGUGGACAUCCUCAGCCUCUCAGAACCACUAAAGAUAAACAUCAAAAAGGAGCAGGAAGAAAAGCAAGAAGAAAUUAAAUUCUUCCUGCCACCAACUCCAGGCUCAGAAUUUGUUGGUGACAUCACACAGAAGAUUGGGAUCACCCUGCAGCCCGUGCCCCUGCACAGAAACAUGUAUGCCUCAGUGGUCGAGGACAUGAUCUUAAAGGCCACGGAGCAGCUGGUGAGUGACAUCCUGAGACAGGCGCUGGCAGUUGGGUACCAGAGAGCAUCUCACAACAGGAUUCCAAAAGAAAUUACAGUGAGUAAUAUUCAUCAGGCCAUUUGCAACAUUCCUUUUCUGGACUUUCUCACAAACAAACACAUGGGAAUAUUGAAUGAGGAUCAAUAAACAACACCGAAGAUGGUUCUAGAAAAACAGAAUUUGAAGCUGUAUCUGAAGUAUAUAAACUGUGGUUAUUCUCGUGUUUGGGGAAGAAGGUGGUUUUCUCUGUACUUCAGAAUGUCAUGACGACCAAACCAUUGCCUCUACCUGAGUAUAACAUCAGUUCCAGAUGAAGCCCUUUCAAGGCAGCGUAUUUCCCAACUUUGGAGGGAAGUUGAAUGGAUUGCAUUCCCUUACUUCGUAAAGACUCCAGAGGGGUCUUAGAGUAGGACCAGGUCGUUUCUCCUUGGGGUGUGCUGGAACUUGGCUUCCCAGGAGGCAGAAGUGAGCUUGGAAGACUGGAGGAUUAUCCCUCUGUGGGCUGGGGUCGACCUGAAGAGGGAUUCAGCCUUGCACUUGAGCAAAUGAGUCUCUGCUCCUACCUCAGCCUCACUGGAAGGUCUGCAUCCCCCUGGUCCACAUGAGUCAGCUGCAGGAGGCAAUGCCAGUGUCAGAGCAGUGUCAAGGAACAGACAAAUUCCAGUGGGCAUUAAGACCGUGGAAACCCAGAAGAGUGAAUGCUCUAUCAGUGUACGUAGCAUCCUCGGCCAUCUGUGUGCUGAGCCAAGAGCUGGCUCCUCCUCCUCUGUGUCGAGUGGCCGGGGAGCAACCUGGGGACACAUUCUGCAGAGACUGUCCUCUCAGUGGACCUAGAAUCCUGUUCUCUGCCAACAAGUUUCUCCUAAGAUGAAAAGUGUUUAAAAGAAACACCCAUGAGUGCCUUACCACUGGAGAGAACUCAAGUCCAGAGCCCAGGCUCAGCAGCAAGAGAAAAAGCUCAUGCCCAGAAGCAAAGACCCUCAGUGAGAAGAGAGCAGACCCAGGGAGGUGACCCACUACCAAGUACAUGGACACUGGAAGCCUCUCCCUCUCCUCAUGUGCUCGGUGUCAUGGGGGCAAAGGAAAGACCUUAGUCUUGCUCUGCUCAAAGAAAAUUUAAAACGAUUUAAUCCAAGUAACAACAUUGAUGUUAUCAUAGGUUUUAAAGAUGUUUGUGCCAAGAAAAUAAAGCAGGACGUGGCUGGAUAAA